AUGCACAUUGUCUGGAAGCUGCAGAUGCCGCGCGGUCAAAAGAUCGCCCUGUGUGCUCUUCUCGGUGUCGGACUGGUCGCAGUUGCAGCUGGCUGUGUGCGCUUCUACUACGUUCUCUUUCUCUCUGACGAAGCCGAUAUCUGGUACUACAUGGCCGACUCGUUGAACUGGUGCAGCAUCGAGAUCUACGCAGCCAUCAUAUGCAGCUCGGCAUCCACCUUCAAGGUCCUCAUCAAGACCUACCUUCCCAAAGUCUGGAGCAGCGCCGGAAGUCACGAGAAGGCUUCUGGCACAUCUCGACGUACACAGUCCGACCGAUCGCGUAGUGGCAAGUUUGAGAUGAAGCGUUUUGGCAUCUCGUCGAACAAGUCAAACAGCAAUAGAAAGUAUGGGAUCGAGGGGCUCACAGACCUUGGAAACGAAAGCGAGGAAGCUAUUGUGCGACCUGAAAGCAAGAUGGGCAGGGAUAUCGCGGUCUUCGUGACGCAACACUAG